CAACCGGAUGUUUGUAGACGUAAUAUUUACGCGACGGGCCUCCGCUGACGGAGAUGGGUGAGUCUCCGCUGGUGGUUUUGGAAUAAUAAAGUAUUUAGAUUAGAUUAAAGUUGCGGGGCUCGUUAAUUAUAGAUUUUCAUCUUUUUUGUCCCGCAAAACUGCGGGCAUUGCGGGAGCUUGCCUGUGGUAGAACGUCGAAACGUUUUCUGUCCGUCGCGUCGCUCCAGCGGCUGAUGAGGUGAAUGCAACCGGACUCGGCCUCCGAUCCUUUCAGCCUCCGAACCUCAGUCCGGUUCGCUGGUUCCGCCGUUAGCUUUAGCAUCGUUAGCUCCCGCCGUAAACCAUGACUUCCAGGCGGGCGGGCUUCGGCGUGGACUCCUCUCCCCGCAAACAGAGCAUGUCCGACCGGCUCGAGGCGUGUUUCGACCGCAAACCGGACAAAUACCCGCAGAGCAGCGUGACGGUCACGUCGCUGAAAUCCCGCCUGGCUCCAACCAUCCAGACCGCCAUGUCCGCCGCCGUGGACACGCUGCUGGGGGAGGUGGUGGUGGUGCUGAGCGAGACCCAGCAGGAGCUGUUCCACAAGGAGCAGGAGAACGAGCGGCUCAAGGUGCGGCUGGAGGUGUCUGAGAGGGAGCUGAACAGCAUGAAGGAGUGUCUGUGCAGCGCGCAGAAGCUGAUCGAUCAGCUCCAGGUCUCCUUCUCGGGACCCCAGCCCGUCAGUCAGUCCGUCUUCGCCCCUUCGCUGUCCUCCAUGGCUUCCAUGAGCUCAGGCUUGGACCGGGACCAACAGAACCCCAGGAGCGUGAAUGGAGCCGGUGUGGAUUUGGGUCUGGGUGGCUCCGUGGAGGAAUCUCUGCACGGGUUCGAGCACAGAGAUGACUUCAAAAUAUGCCAGCUGUCCAUCCAGCCGGAUGGUUCCGUCACCAACCACACUCUGGACUCCUUUGGGUCUCCUCAUCUGUGCCCAGACUCCAGCAGAGCAGAGGAGAGACAGCCUCCAGGACCAGGAGGACCACCUCGAUUUGAGAUCAAGGAGGAGCAGGGCCCGUCUCCUGGUCAGCCCGGCAGAAAGGAAGCUGGACUCUCCAGUGACGGCAGAGAUGUGGAAAGGUCGUCGCUGACCAUGGGGGACAUGAAUUACGCUCAGGUUGGAGCCACUCACCCACUGCGUCACCAGAGAGCUGUGCGAGAAUGUGGAAGUUCCUUACAGCAGGGCAGACCCGACGGACCGCAGAAACCUCUAACCAGGACUUCUGUGAGCGGGAGCUCGCCGGGGAGACCGGAGGACUCCGCGGGCCCUUCAGCUCCCGACACGGCCAGGGAGCCCCCCGGAGACCGUCCUCACCACUGUUUGGAGUGCGGGAAGACCUUCCGCCUGAUUUCCAGCCUGAAGAAGCACAUCCGCAUCCACACCGGAGAGAAGCCCUACCCCUGCGGAGUCUGCGGCCGCCGCUUCCGCGAGUCGGGAGCUCUGAAAACGCACCUGCGCAUACACACAGGCGAGAAGCCGUACUCCUGCUCCGAGUGCGGGAACUGCUUCCGGCACCUGGACGGCCUGCGCAAGCACCGGCGCACGCACACGGGCGAGAAGCCCUACGUCUGCGCCAUCUGUGGGAAGCGCCUGAGCCGCCUGCAGCACCUGAAACACCACCAGCUCAUCCACACGGGGGAGAGGCCCUGCUGCUGCCCCUUCUGCAACCGCACCUUCAAAGAGCCCGCUGCGCUCAGGAAGCACAUCCGGACGCACCGGGAGGAGGGGGGCCACAUGGGAAUCGGCCCCACGGAGGAGACGGACCCGGACGCUCUGGAUGACAUCAACAACCUCCACCCUGCUGCUCCGUCUCCUCAGAUGAGGUUUGGAGAGUGGGGCGCCGCCGAGGAUGACGGCCCGGUUGUGGACUGUGUAUGAGCACGGAUCAAAUGGAGGGGGAGGGGGGCACUCAUAUCAACACUUGAAAGGAGGCUUUUGUAUAAAACGUUAGGAUGUUCUUACAGCUUCUUUCAAAUACAGCCGUCUAAAAACAAAAGUGCGUCUUUCUACAGUUUUAUUUCCCAGGACUGUUUUUUUUUUUUAUCAAGAAAGGGAAAUAAGAUGCAGAGAAUAACUUCAGAAUUCACUUUUUCCCCCUAAUAUAGUCAUUAAGAGCAGCUCUGUAAUCUUAAUCUGAUUAAUCAAACUCCUGUUACAUCCAGAUCUGUUAGCUCAAUACACCAAGGAAACAAUUGUUUCUAUUGAUGCGUUACUUUAUUUAGAUAAAGAUUACAAUACCUCUUGAACCCAGUGUUAAGCACGGUAGAGCAAGUGUCAUGAUUUGAUUCUAAACUCUUGUUAAAUCAGAGGGUUCUCUGACAUCUCCACAAAAACAAACGAGUAUUUAAAUUUUAUUCAAAACAUUUCUACAAAAUGAAGAACAAAAAAGAUAAUAUCCUAGAGAGAAAUAACUCUUUGUUUUACUUUUCAUCCAGUAGAUAAACUCAAAUAUUUCAUAUUGUGGUAAUAACCUGUUGGAAGGUCAGGAUUUUAUCUCCUCAUAAAAAAAGGUUUGGUUCAUUUUUUAACAUCAAAUCUUUUGCUCUUUGAAUUGUUUAGCAGCAGCGUUUCUAAAUUAAAUAGAGGGAUAAAAAGUGCCUUGACACAUUUUUAAGGUCACAUCUGUGUGAAUUCUCGUUAGAGAUUCAGACGUUUUCGAUUUAAUAUUUUUGUUUUUUUCUCCUGGAGGAAGAGGAUGAAGGUCUGACUGAUGCUUCAGUGAAAGAGCCGAGCCACACACCUCAUGUCUGGACCGACUUUAAUGAAGUUGCGUUCAUUUUGUUAUUAGAAGGAAUUCUACAUGUUUUAAAUUUCUCAUCAUUUACAUAUCGCAGCUCUUUAGUUGUGGUAAAAGGAGGUUAGUUCAAACACUUUUUAAAUAAAGUUUAUGAAAUAGAUCAGGGUAUUACUGUGGCUGGUUUUUCUCUGUUUUGUUGUUUAUCUUACAAUGAAAUUUUUUUCUGUGACUUAAAAAAUAUAUGUAUAUAUUUUUUUCAAUAUACCGGUAGUUUAUUCUAUCUGAAUGCACUAUAUUGGUUAUUCGUCAUUUUUGGGGGGUUGUCCGAUUCAAUUCCAACAUCCUAGUGGCCUGGAAAUUUCCCAGAAAUCUCUGCAAAUGACUAGUUUGCAUCAAUUCUCACUAGAAUCGGUAUUAAGGACCAGAAUGCACUGCAUCUGAACAAUGUGUCAUUUGAAAAAAAAAUGUAAUUAAAUUCAUUUUUUAAAGAAAUUAUCUAGUUUUUCAUCAUCAGAAAACAGUGGAUCCAUAAAUAUUUUACGUAAAAUGUUCAUAUUUAUUAGAUUUUUACUUAGGCAAAUGGGUGGCAUAAAUAAAUAGUGAACAUGUAUCUAAAUCACAUUAAAAUCCAGGCCACUGGAUACAACCAUGUAGUUUUUACAAUUUUUUUAUUUUAUUUUGAAUAUUCUCAGAUUAAUCUCAAAUUCAUAUAAAUCCCACUUAAAAAAUCCGUUCAUAUUUUGGGUGUAAAUCAUUCUUUCUGGUAUCUGUCAUCAUCAAAGAUUUAUUUGAGAACACAAUUGAGGCACAAAAAACAUCUAUAUUUGUGUCUUCAGGAAGCAAAAGUCAGCAGGACUUUGUUCCUCCUCUUCCUCCCUGCAGAGCCUUCAUCCGUCUGCAGAUUUCUGUCAAUCAGUCGGUAAAUUUCAUCCAAACAAAAUCAAACUUCCCGCUUUAAAGUCCUUAGUUCUCUGUUUUUUCACAGAGAAAAAUAUGUAAAAAAAAUAGCUGGAACCCAAGAGUGCAUGCAUGCAUCCCCUUUCUGUGUAAAUAAGAAUGUAGGUUUAGUGUUUUUUUGGAGGGGAUUUAACAAGGUCGUGCAGUGGUGACUUUCGAAUGUGCUUUAAAAACUUUCUGUGUAAAUAAUCCAACUGGAAAAGAGCCCUCCAUGAUGCCCCCCCACCCCAGGCUUCCUCUGAACUGCCUGAUCUGAAGUCUCUCGUAGACCUGCUGUAAUUAUGAGCCUCAUCACUGAAACACUGUGUUUUGUUACCAGUUCUUUUUCUGUCCCGUAUGUUUAGAAUGUGAACUUCCAGAAUAGUCUUUGCUCCUGAUAAUCAUAUUUAUGACCCGUUUUGUUUUUCAUCCCUUUUUAAAUAUAACUGCAUGGAUGUUCAAACAAAAAUCCUCUUUUUUUUAAUUUGUGUAAAAGAAUACUUUCUAAUGCUUUACUCUGGAAAUAUACUCAUGUAAUGUUACUAUAUUAAAGGGCAUUGUUUAUA